AUGGCACCAGCUAGGGCCCCCUGCUAUUGUAGAAGUUGCUGCAUACAGGUGGGCAUGUCUGCCAAAUCAGAUAUGUCAAGUGCCACAGCUGCUGGCUUGCAGCUCUUCAUCAAAAGUAGGUGGAAUCUUGCUUGGAUGACACGGGUGGAUGUUGGCGCUGUUGUAGCUGUUGUGUUCCUGCUGCUGGUGGCUGCACUUGGUGCCACGGUGACUGGUUGCAAUGCGGUCAAUAGCAGAUGCAGCUAUGAUUCCGUGUACUUGCCAUCCAGUGGCUCAUAUACUGGAAUAGGAACUUUGAACUGGUUGUCAGACAGUACUAUCUCUUAUUUGGUUGUAGUGGAUUUGCAACUAUGGUAUCCAUUGGUAGAUUUCUGGGCAGCAACAGUUGUUCAGCCUUUUGCCAUUCUCUGCUUGGCAGUAAUCAGUGAACUUGUUGUCAAGGUGUGCAAUGAGUGGAAUGAGGCUUGCCUUACUCUUUUCAUGCACCUCUCACACACUGCCAUGAUUCUGAUGGCUGCUUCAGGUUGGCUGCAGUUAUCCCAUGGUCCAAUUCUUGCCGGUAAUUAA